UGAAGUGGGCUUCUUAGAAAUUUAUUUUUAAUUUGCAAUAUGACGCGCAUUCCUGAAAUUAAUCAAUGAGAUGUUUAUUGAGCCUUAUAAAUACCUCUCCACACGCAUUUACAGACAAACGUCAGUCCCACGUCCUUGGAGCAGCAGAAAGAAGAAAGAAAGGAACUACGAAGAUGACUACAAACAAACCAGGCAAGAAAAAGAUGUUAUUGAGAUGGACGCAUGGCGUCGGGAAAAUGCUUUUUAUCAUACUGGUAUUCGUACAGGCCAUUGCACUUGCUAGAUAUCCAAGCAUCUAUUGGAAAAGCGAAUGGGGUAACAUAAUGCUGAUUGUGAUGCUACCAAGUGUGAUAGUAUGGUACCAACACAAAAAGAAGACAGAUGAGCAACAGAUAGAUCAGCUAUGGAAGGUAUGGCUGGCCUAUAUUAUUCCUCUUACGGUAAUGAUUAGUGUAAUAUUUGGAGGCUUGAGGUCAAAACUUGACAAGACUCACUUUUUUGGACCCAACAUUCUGAGGAUGACUAUGUGUAUCACUCCUGGAAUUGCUUUACUUCUCUUUAUAACUACUUCAAAAGCAAGAAAACACUACAGUGAACUUGUAGUAGUGCUGUGUGGGAAUGUCGCCGUAGACUUGUUUGAUUACGUGGAAGUUCUAACGGCUCUUCUCCCCCAAAGUGGGUCAGUUUAUCUUUCUGAUGCCAUUGCUUGCCCCACAAUAGCAUUAGUUCUUGUCAGUCUUUUACUCUCUGUCAUGGAAAUAAGCGAGAACAAGCUUCGAGAAGGUAGGAUCGAAAAAAAUGAAAAACUGUAUCUCUGGCGAUUGAUUCUAAAAAUACCAGUCAACCUCACGCUUCUUAUCAUUCGACUGGUUGUGUGGUUAAAACUCAAACACGAUGYUUCUAUCUUCAUUGCGAAGAAUAUGAUCAUUAUUUUGAUCAUGAUUUACAAUAUUGUGCUGUACUUCUUGGACAAAAAAGAAAACACAAAAAAGGAAGAGUCGCCGAGCAACACUGGAAAUGGGCAGUGCCACCAAACAGAAAGCCUUGGGAACGGAACUGCCAAAUCCAAGAGCCAAGACUAUUACAAUCAAGGACAAAAUGUAGAAGCAUGUGGCAUUUAAUAUUUCUUGGAACUCAAAAUUGGUUAUCAGUUGCGGUUUUAGCUAGUCUCCCACACAGCCGAGACAAGGCAGAAAAGCGACAAGCCCGCUAAUUUCACGAUUUUUUUAUUUAAUUGUGUUUAAUACUCUACAUUUUUAAGCGUUUCAUUUGCGUGACUGCUGCUCGAAACUUGUGACGAAACUUAAUCGAAUCAUUAGAGUAAAUCUACUUAUUUGUAUUCACGAAAGGGAUCAGUUUUUCUGCUGAUCAAAACAUCACCUCUCCCAAAGUACAAGGCUGUAUAUCUCAAAUACGUCGCAUUUGAUAUUUUGCUAUUUGGCCCCAAAGAACGUGUUUACAAAAUAUUGAGCUUAAAUACGUAAAAUGGCGAAAGGCCAAAAACCGUUUUUCUGCCCUGUCCACAGCCGAAGCUUUGCGUGACGACACUGAAAGCAGCUGUGGGGGAGACUAGGUUUUAGCUGGCUGUCCUUGUAAAAUUCAUGCAUGUGUAGCAAACGAACUAGAGAAAAUAACUUACACACCAAGAUUAUAGACCAUUUUUUGUAGCUAAAGUAAAGGUGCUCUUUCUAGCACUGUUAUAGGUUUCUGUUGUUAAUUUGUGGCUGAUAUUUUGGAGAAGGGUCUAUUAGGAAUUCAGAAUACCUAGAGUGCUUUUAGUCUCACUGUUGAAUAGGUGACGUCAACUAAAUUAGAUAAGUUAUCAAUUACUGUUUUAGCUGACGUCACCCAAUUUUGAAACUACGAGUAAACAGCUACUGAGAUCAGGGGGAGAAACGAUGRUACAAAUGAAUGYCUAUUCACUCAUUCUCUGGUAAAACAACCCCCCGGAUCAGCAUGACCGUUAUUUGCAGCGCUUUUACUAUUUUAGGUGACGUCAACUAAAUAGUUAUCUAAGUUAGAUAAGUUUACCUAACUAUUCAACAGUUUGAAUGAAUGCACUCUAUUAAUAUAUACCUAAUUAAUUUACUUCUCAGUUGUAAUGUUAUGUUGUUAAAAAAAAUAUCAUGAUACACUUUAGCAAUGCAAUUUAUUAGUUGUCAAAAUUCUAUUGUGGUUUGAUAAUGAAAUUAGUUUUAUUCAUUUCACUUUUUGACAAAAACUGAACGUGAGCAAAACUAAAGAACAGUCAUCCAUAAAGGCUACGUCAAUAAAGUGUUCAUUGGCUUAGAACCGAGAAAUACAAA